GGACGAGAUUGGUGCGCUCAUCGAUGAGCUUGUUCUGAACACCAAGAAGCUAAUCAAAGCAACUUCUAGAGAGGCCCCCUCUCUUGUUCAUGAACUGCGGAGAUUAACGUUCAGUCUUGCCAAGAGCUAUGAUUGGCCUAUUUUGGAAUUGUGGAGUGCUUGGGAUCCCACGGUUUGGCCGAUCUCUUCAAAUGACUAUUUUGGUUUCCGUAUGAAAGCUAUUAUUGAUGAAGGUAAUGUGAUCCACAUAGAAUGGUUGGUUUUAUGGUCAUCAAGUAAUGAGCUAGAGUCAUCGAUCUUGGUCUAUAUUGAACAAUCAAACACAGCAUUCAUUCCUAGCAUGGAUCUGUUGCGUGAUUUUGAAGAAAUUGUCUCAAAAUGUGUGGAAGGUGUAAAAUAUUUUGCAGAAAGGUGA